AGCGUUUUCCGGGCUCUGUGUCCCCUUUUGGGACUUGUGGGGAGGGAUGGGCACCACCACCCUCACCACAGGAGAAUGAAGGGGCAGAAUUUGGGCUGCUGAGUCAAGAAUGGAGGAUUCAGUCCCUGGAGCAAAUGAAGACAUGUUUCACUGACUGUCUCCAGGAGGAUUUUCCAGCAUGGAGCAGCAAGGGGGGGAAAAGAAGGAGGAAGAGCCUCCAGCCAAGAAGAGUCCAGGAGCUGGAGCUGCGGAUGGAAAGUGGGCAUGGGGAGUGGUGCUGAACUUCUUCCUGGUCAACGUCAUGGUGAUAGGGAUGCUCAAGACCUUUGGGAUUUUCUUCGUGGUUUUCCAAGAGGAGAUGGGAGGUUCCUCUGAGCAAGUCAGCUGGAUUGGCUCCAUCAUGUCCUCCUGCGCUUCCUAGGAGCCCAGUGGUGUCCGUGGCUGCAGGAGGCUCGGGGAGCGACCAACACUCCAUCAUUUGGGGCUGUCCUGGUGGGAGGAUGGCUGCCUGCUGAGCACCCAGGCCACUAGCAUCCCUUUCCUCUUCAUCUCCAUGGGACUUCUCCUGGGAAUGGGCUUCUCCUGCCUUUACCAGGCAGCUGCAGUGAUGAUUGCCAAACGCUGCAGGACACGCUUGGCUUUCUCCAAUGCCAUCGCCCGCUCUGGGAUGGGGAUGACCUUUCUGAUUGCACCUUUCACUCAGCUUCUCAUCGAGUUUUAUGGCUGGCAAGGUACUCUCCUGAUUUUUGGAGGCAUCAUGUUAAACCUUGUGCCUUCCAGCAUGCUGCUGAGGCCCAUCAGCACCCAAUCACCCCAAAGCUCCUCUGCUAAAAAUCCAGACCACGGGUCUUUAGUGGAAAAGAAGAAUUCAGAAACCCUUCCUGGAUGCUCAGAUGAAACCAUUCCCCAGGAAGCACAGCUUCACAGUGCACAGGACACUCCACCACAGAGGGACUCAUGAUGUCCUAUGGCAGAGAUGCUCUCAGCAGCUACACCAGCUUUGGAAGGUCUUGAGAAACCCCAUGUGGACACCAGCUUGCUAGAAACAACCAAGGCCAAGAGAACCUCCAAAACCCUUCCACUAACCGAAAAGAAAGCUCAGAGCCUCUCCUUGACUUCUCCCUCUGAAGGAUCCCUCUUUGGCAUUUUCACCUGGUCUUUUCUGUUCAGCCACUUGGCCUACUUCGUGCCCACCUUCCACUUGGUAGCAAGAGCCAGGAUACUGGAAUCAGCAGCUGAUGCCUCUUACCUCGUUUCCGUAGCUGGCAUCACGGAGACAGUCAGCCAGCUCCUCUCAGGCUGGGUGGCUGACCAGAACUGGACCAAGAAGUAUCACUACCACGUUGCUUACCUUGUCCUUUGUGGGAUCACCAACCUGCUGUGUCCUCUGGCCACCACCUUCCCCUUGCUCAUGACCUAUGCAGUGGCCUUUGCUGUUUCCUGUGGGGGGUUCAUGGCUCUGGUCCUCCCUGUGCUGGUGGAUCUAGUGGGGGUGCCAAAGCUCCACAGCUACUUGGGGUUUGCUGCUUUCUUUGCUGGGACUGCAGCCAUGGGUGGACCUCCUCUGGCAGGCUGGCUGUAUGACUACACCCAGACAUAUGCCUGCUCUUUCCUCUUUGCUGGAGCCUGUGCUCUCAUCUCGCCUCUUUCUUUCUUCUUUGAGCCUUUGGCCCAGAAAUGGAAGCUAAAAAAAGCCAACCUGGACAACGGACCCUGGGGCUGAAGCCAUUCCAUGGUGGAAAUUUUAAAGGAUGGUGUUUAAUCACAUCGACAAUUGGAAAAUGGUCUCUGGGCCAUACCUUCUGUACUGGGAAACCAAACAGCAGCAGAAAUAAAAAUAAGAAUUUUUA